UCCCCCCACCACCUCCGCCAACCCGGGGCUAGUAACGUUAGCUCCCUUCGCCGCGACACUGGACUAAAAUUGGACACUUUUUUUCCACCCCACCAUAACAUUUUCCAUGUCGUAAAUAUAACGUGACAAGGUUACACUUUGCUGUCUCACCCCGACGGCGAACUGAACGAAUCGGCUUGAUAGCACUCGCGGCUAAAUGCUAAAAUGAAGUUCUAAGGUUAAUCAUCUUCUUCUUUAUUUGGCGACUAUUUUUAUUCUAAUAUUUUUUUUGUCGCUUGCACUUUGUUACCAAACGUGUCGCGAUUGUUUCUCAACUUCAGACGGGAUAAACUGCAGCUGCGCAGGCCCAAGCCGAGGAGCGGCGAAGCCAGGCCGUGAGUCCAACACUUCCAGCAAACACAGCAGGCAAACUUCAGGGCUGUCGGCCAGUCCUUGACGGUGCUACACUUCGAGUUGACGAUCGUCUGCGAGUAGCAAAGGAGAGACGAGAGGAGGCAGACAGGCAACAAGCUUUGCGUGAAUCUCAGAUCAUGGAGCGUGAGCGUAAGGCCAAGAUGCAAGUGGAGCGUCAGCAAGAGGAACGUCAGAAGAAGGCUGUGGAGCAGCGAAGGAAGGAGGAGCAGAAGCGUCAGGCUGUGGAGGACAAGAGGAAGCAGAAACAGGAAGAGGAGAAGGAGCAUUACGAGGCAGUGAUGAGACGAACAUUAGAGCGAAGCCAGCGGGCCGACCAGAGACAGAAGAGAUGGUCCUGGGGAGGAUUAUCAACAGACUCAGAUGGGCGAACAGGAGACUCAGAUGCCAGCGCCUGUUCUCCAGUAGCUAUAGUAAUUUCUCCUGCCACACCAGAAAAGCCACCAAGGAACCGACAAGACAAGCGCUCCACUUCCACGGUGAACCUCAAACAGCCAUCAGAGGCUAGCAUCAGCAAACGCCUGUCCUCGUCCUCUGCCACCCUCAUCAAAUCUCCUGAUAAAAGUUUUAAAUCCAGGAGUCUGUCCUGUAACCGUUUGCCGCGGAAAGACAGUGCUGCUAAGGAGGAAAGCAAAAAGCUGCCGGUGGAACAGACAGGUGCUUCCAUGAAGAAGAGGAGUUGGUCCCUCACACGAGUAAGUGUGGGCAGAGCACAGACUCCUGCCAAGGCGGCUAAGGGGACAGCAGACAAUCAAGCUCGCAAGCAACCGACUUGCACUGUGGACGGAGGGGUCAUUAGUCGCCUGCUCACUCCCACCCAGGCCUCACUAGCUAGGAGCAAGAGCGCUGCCGCCCUUUCCCCUGAAGGAACAGAUACUCCAGAAUGUCACCUGUGUCCUCGCUCAGCCUCCGCUGCCACUCAACACCCGCCACGCGGGCCGUUGCGCAGCCGCAGCAUCGACCGGCAGAAGAACGGCAUGACCACCUCCGUGUCAGCAGACGGAGCCCUCGACCCCUCACUGAACAAGCAGGAAAAAACGUUUACCUCGCCCCGGAGGCAACGCCCGCCCUCUCCAUCCAUUCCCAUGGGACGCAACCGCUCGCCAUCCCCUGCCCCCAAACCAUCUCCAAAGAGGCCUCCUUCCCCAGCAGCAUCAAAGCAAAAUUCAAAGGCACGCCCACCCUCCCCUGCAAUGAAACAACAUCCCCCAUCCCCUCAGCCGACGUCAGCUAAACCUCCUCCGAUCCAGAAACCAGCUCUUACCCCACCAGGGCCCCCAACCCUGCGAAAAAGGGACUCCCGCUCCAAGGACCUGUUGUUACCUGUACAGGCUGGGUCGCCACAGUCCUCUGACUCUAGCAAAUCCAAAGAGAAAGAUGAUUCUAAGACAGGAACCAAUUCUGCUGCCGAGGCUGCCAAGCUCUUGGCGGAGCACCGCAGACAAAUGCGGGAGCAGAAGGAGAAAGAUGAACAACUCAGGAUACAGCGUGAGGAAGAGGAGAAGCUCAGGAAAGAAGAGGAAGAGCGUCUAGCAGAGGCCGCUCGGCUGAAGCGCCAAGAGGAGGAAAAGAAGCUAGCGGAGGAGAGAGAAAUCAAGGAAGAGGAGGAGGCCAAAAGAGCGGAGGAAGAGCGAGAGAGACUGGAAGCUGAGGAGGCUCUGAAGCAGGCGGAGCUGCAGAAGGAGCGGGAGGAAGCCGAGGCCAAGGCCCUGGAGGAAGCAGAGAGGGUCCGCCAGGAGCGCGACCGCCUCAUGCAGCAGAAUCAGCAAGAGCGUAUGGAGAGGAAGAAGAGAAUUGAAGAAAUAAUGAAAAGAACUAGAAAAGGAGAUGGAAAUGACUUUAAGAGAGAUGAAGACAAGGAGCAGGACGACAAUGAAGAUGCAAUGGACCUGAUGAGCUUUGAUACAAAAAGUGAAGGUCAGAUGGAUGAUGUCGCCAUGGAAAGGCACAACUACGGCGAUGAAGGGGCACAAAGAGAAGAAGCCUUCGAAUGCCCGAACGGAAGAGAGGAAACAGACGACAAGGAGAACAACAACGCCCCAGACGAGACUCAGGCAGUCAGUCCAAUUUCAAAGGACCGUCUGGUGGAGGGCUCGGAGUUCCUGAACGAGGAGGACUCGGCCAAGGUGGAGCUGGUGUCGGGCCUGGGCAGCAAGUCCAACCAGUGGAGCUUCGAGGAGCUCAUGGAUCGCAACGUCCACUCCAAGACUCACGCCCUCAUCGAGGCAGAGGACUCUAACCCGGUCCUGAUCAACUGUGACGGGCCGGAUGGGACCAAAGGAAGCCCAGUGAACUCUCUGCAUUCCUCCAGUCAAGCCAUAGAGGCUCUCUCAGAGAUUUGAUGCUGCACCCACCCGUCCGGCACCGAGAAGACUCGCCGCUGUAGCACUCUUCAACUUCCUGAGCUCUGUUUAAAAGGUUCCAUACAGCUUCCUCUUCCAUUUAAUUCCAGGAGGAGGAGUCAAAGGUGAAAUGACCUCGCCCCAAGUGCUUAAGUGUCUCAUCUAGAAGAUGACGAAAGCUUCAGGGAAAUUCCGCAUGUUCCUUCUUCUCCCGUCAGGUCUACUACUACUUCUCCCUUUUGUUUUCUAUCUGCUGUCCAAGUUAUUUUAUAAGCCCUUUUUUUUGUCUUUGUCAGCGGUGCGCCGUUAUAAUUUUGUUAAUUAAUUUUGGGUUCUUUAUUUGUUGUUAAGAUGUGUUCCUCUUGUAUAAGCGUUUACGGUGUGCAUCAACCUCCGUAUCUCGUGUCUCUCGGGGAGUUUGGCGCGUGGCUCUUCUAAAUUUACUUGAGCGACUGCUGUCCUUUGGCAGCAUCAACAUUUAUGGCCUUAGCUGUUUUUUUUGUUUUGUUUGUUUUUUUAGGUUUUUUUUUUUUUUUUUUUGCUUACAAUUCUAGUUUGGGUGUGAAAAAAACGGGAUCGCUUCUGCCCUCAUUGCUUGUGCGCACAUGGUUUCCUGUCGUGUGACAUUUGGAAAAGCCGUUUGAGCAUUUGUCCCUUACCCUAGAUAUCCAGCUUAAGGUCCAUACACUAGUACGUUCUUUGUCUUCACUCGUAGGACAACUACAUGUUACGAGUGAGGUAAAACUGUACUCGUUGAUAUCUGAAAACUAGUACAUGGACCUUAAUCUGGAUAUCAAAAAAUUCUAUCAAACUGUUUUCCAACUAUAAGAGAGGGCUGUCCUGCCUUGAGACACCCUGCCUUGCAAUCUGUUUUUGGCCACCAGAGGGUAUAGCAGGCAUGCUUAAGUUUCCGUUGUUUGUUGCUGUUUGGGGCUCAGUAGGCUUUGACUGUUUGUACAUUUGUAUAUGGAGCUUGUGUUUACUAAAAAGAUUGUUGUAGUUUACGUCAGUCUGGUCCUUUCAGCAAAAAAAAACCUCCAACCAAUAUCCAUGAAACCUCCCGUCUUUUAAUUAAGUCACGACAUCCCCCGUUCUGAUGUCUUUUUCUCUUCACGCUAGCUGCUACAUUCGAAAGAGGAAAAAAAUGCAUUUCAGCUAUUUUUUAUUUGAUAUAACGUGGCUGUUCAUAUAUUAAAAUGCAGUUCUGCAUAUAUUUAAAUGUUUGUAUGUGAAAUCAGUGUUAGGCCAAUGACGCCAUGAUGAGGGCCAAGUGCCGACCCUGAAAGCGACUGACGAAUUUGAGCCUUCAGCUGUUUUUUUUUUUACCCGCAGUUAAAAUCGUGAAUUCUUGUUGAGGGGAGGCGUCCAUUUUUUGCCUUGUUGUUUGUUGGCGUUCACACCCUCUCACCAACUAAACGUAAGGACCUGAGAUGGCUUUAAGAAUGUAAGACUUUCUUCCAUCAAGCCAUCCUUCACGCGUUCUUUUGUCACCACGUGGACUUGAACCUGCUGCAGUCGCCACGUUGAACGUGUUGGGUAGCUUGACGGGGUCAUAUUGCGUGACCUUUUUUUCCCUCUAACGCUCUGUGACGCUUCCAGGGCAGGUGCUCUGCUGGAGCAAGCACUCAAGGGCACCUUGUGCUGGAGGCAGGCUGCUACCGCUGUCCGCUUGAACAGACAGUACAUGGAAAGCCUUUGAUCUGUUUUUUUUUUUCUUUCCUUUUUUGCAUAUCCUUGAUAGCCAGCUUAAGAUCCGUGUACUAGUAUGCUUUUUGUCCUCCAGUAAGACAGUUCAGCGCACUAGUAGAAUGACUGUCUUGAAUGUCUUACAAAUAAAGUUGUUUUUUCCCCCCCCCCCACGACUAGUGGGCUACUAGUGCACAAUUGAACCUUAUAAGUAAACCUGUCAUGCACUAGUAAUACUACUAGGCCCAACUAGUAUUCAUGUGUCUCACACACACAGACACACACACACACACUACUAGUAUGCCAAAGUUAACUACUGAGGACAAAAAGCGUACUAGUACAUGGGCCUUAAGAUGAAUAUAAAGGAUAUGGAAUACAUGCACAAAUAGCUUUCUAUACAGAUACUAUGUAGUUACUAGAUAGCACCGUGCCUGAGAUGGAGGGCUAGUUUUUUAAUGUUACUGUUAACUAAAAAAUUUUAUUUAAAAAAACAAAAACAAAAAACAAGUGUGUCUUUACCUCGGCCUCUGACAAUCAAGUCCUUUGUGAAUAAGAAAUUUUCCCAUCUGACAACAUCACCCUGCCCACAAGUAACAUUUGUAAUGUAAAUAUAAUUAAGUGUUCUGAGAUGAUGUAAACUGUUAAUAAAGUCUCGCAAAACUAGA